AUGCAUUCGGACUACUUGAUUGUCUUCUUUGUCUUGUUCUGUACAUUACAUACUAUACAUGCUGAGGAUAGAUCAAACAGAAAAAUUAAAAAAGAUCCAUUAACUUAUACCGAUGCUGAUGUUGAAAAACUUUCUCAAGAAUGGGAGAUAGAUGAUGAAGAUGAUGAUGAUGAUGAAGAAGGUAAACGUCAACUAUCUCCAGCAAAGCAAGGACCGUUAGUUGGAACAGAUCCUGAUAAAUUAUUUGCAACAAUGAAAAAAGGACAAACAACAAUGAUAUUUGCAAUUGUUACUGGUAAGCCAACAAAACGAGAAACAACACAAAUAGCAGAUAUAUGGUGGACUGCUUUACGAAAUGCUUUAUUCGAUGUACAUAGAUAUGUUGUUGAUACUGAUCGAAUUUUAUUUCUUGUACAAGAUGGUUCAAUAGCAUAUGAUAUAAAAGAAUAUCUUAUUAAACAACUUCGUUGUUUAGAAGUAGUAAUCGAUAAUCAAUCAUUUCAGGGCAGAGGAAGUAAAAUUCAAAAUCUUUUUCUAAAAGAAUUAUGA